AUGGUUCCACCGUUGAUCUCUCUUCUCCCAUGGCUACAGAACUACCUCUCGUUCCUCUUCUUCUCCUCCACCACCAUCUUCUUUUUAUUUACCCUACUACUUGUACUCCUAAGAUCCCGGCCGUGGUGCAACUGCCACGUCUGCAAGGCCUACCUGAGCUCGUCGUGGACCGCCGAGUUCACGAACCUCUGCGACUGGUACACCCACCUCCUCCGCCAAUCGCCCACCAGGACCAUCCACAUCCAUGUCCUCGACAACACGGUCACCGCCGACCCCGCCAACGUGGAGUACAUGCUCCAGACCCGGUUCGACAACUUCCCCAAGGGGAAGCCCUUCUCCUCCAUCCUCGGCGACCUCCUCGGCCGCGGCAUCUUCAACGUCGACGGCGACACGUGGCAGUUCCAGCGCAAGAUGGCCAGCCUCGAGCUCGGGAGCUUGUCCGUCCGCUCACACGCCUUCCGCAUCGUCUCCACCGAGGUCCGCCGCCGCCUCAUCCCCCUCCUCACCUCCGCCUCCUCCGACGGCCGCGUCAUCGAUCUCCAGGACGUGUUCCGGCGCCUCGCCUUCGACAACAUAUGCAAGAUCUCCUUCGGCCUCGACCCGGGCUGCCUGGAGGCGUCGCUGCCCAUCUCCGAGUUCGCGGCGGCCUUCGACACGGCGUCGAGGCUGUCGGCCCGGCGGGCGACGGCGGUGGCGCCGGCGCUGUGGAAGCUGAAGAGGAUUCUGAACGUGGGCUCGGAGAGGGAGCUGAGGCGGGUCAUCGGCCUGGUCAAUGUGCUAGCCGACGAGGUGAUACGACAGAAGAGGAAGCACGGAGUCGCCUCCAGCGACGACCUCCUCUCUAGAUUCAUGUGCUCGGUCAACGAUGACCGCUACCUCCGCGACAUAACCAUAAGCUUCUUGCUGGCCGGCCGCGACACGGUCGCGUCCGGCCUCACCAGCUUCUUCCUUCUCCUCUCGAAGCAUCCAGCGGUCACAGCCGCCAUUCGAGACGAGAUAGCCGACGUCAUGAGAGGCACCGGCGACGACGAGGUGGCGAGCUUGGAGCAGCUGAAGGAGAUGCACUACGUCCACGCGGCCAUGUACGAGACCCUGCGGGUCUACCCCCCGGUCCAGUUCGACUCCAAAUACUGCGUCGAGGACGAUACGCUCCCCGACGGGAGCUUGGUGAGGAAGGGGACCAGGGUGACGUACCACCCCUACGCGAUGGGGAGGAUGGAGAGCAUCUGGGGACCCGACUGCGAGGAGUUCAAACCUGAGCGGUGGCUCCGAGACGGGAAGUUUGUGCCGGCGAGCCCGUUCAAGUACCCGGUGUUCCAGGCCGGGGUCCGGGUGUGCCUCGGGAAGGAGAUGGCUCUCAUGGAAAUGAAGACCAUCGUCGUGUCGGUGGUUCCGAGAUUCGACGUCCAAGUGCUCGAUGUGGGUCGAUCGCCCAAGUUCGCUGCCGGGCUGACUGCAUCGAUCGACGGCGGGCUGCCAGCUCAGGUGCGGCGGAGGAGCUCCGGCCCGCGGGGUCACGGUGCAUGUUAGCGGUAUUGUCGGUGUGGUGUGCCGAAGUGCACCCUGUUAAUCGGUGGAAUACCUUCUAUAUAGA